UUCUCGUUCUUGUCUUGCUCGUACCCACACCCGUUUGCCGGUCUGCGAUGAGCUCUGGCACGCUAUGCGCCAAGCUCCCCCAAGACGGGAUCUGAACGUGCUGCCGUUGAGAAAGGGUGGCUCGGAGCACUCCGCGCGACGCACCCUGGCACCGCCCUACCAUCUGCCAGCGCAUGCGGCGCUGAUAAGCUCUCUGCGCCUGUGGAUUUCAUCAUCCUAAGGGUGUUGGAAAAGAUGAUGCGAUUGAUCCUGAUUUGCUUCUUUGUCUGUGGUAGCGAUCUGUCAGAACAAGCAUUCACAAAGGAUCAUCCAUCCUGAUUUUGUAAAAAGGUUACCAUCCUUCUGCUGCCCACGGCGCCCAACCUCAGCCUGCUGAAGGUAGCUCAUCUUGAAAUAUAUGUGCCUUCGUCCGCUCCAGUUUAAGAAGUCAAAUUGCGCUGAGCUACGUCGUCGACAACUUGUCAACUUCUAUAUCCAACGAUACACUCCUCCCGGUGCUUCAUCAACAAUGAUGACUUUGGCGCCGAGGCCGGCUUCGAGCUGGCCUACCGAUAGUGAUGAGCAAACCCGAGCGAUUGAUACAGGCCUGAUUAAUUCAUUCUUCCUCCCCUGCAUGGAGCCGAAUCCGAUGGCAUCACAUCUCGCAUUCAUGUCUCCCCAGAUGUCGGACCGAUCAUAUCAUCACGAGCCACGUCGGAAAACGCGACAACGCUUCCUCACGCUCACUUCAGCGCCGAGAGAGAGCUCUCCUGUGUUUGUAGCCGAGCCCUUACCAAAGAAAGCAGCACCCUUCCUGCGACUUCCGCCGGAAAUUCGAUUACAGAUCUAUGCGCUGCUGGUCCUCCCUAGUGAUCCGAAUCAUCUUCGACCAUCGUACGAGAAAGUCAGUGCCAGCGCAUCGGACCAUUCAGAUCAUCAGAAGUUCCGACGCAGUGCGGAUUCCGAUGCCCUCCCAAUUGAGCCGACACUCAUGCUUCGAACAAUCAGCCCAGCGCGAUAUGCGAGGCUGUAUCCCACCAUUCGCCAACACACUCGCAAGUCGUACCGUGUGCGUCCCAACCAAAUGCGCGCACAGACUGCAGAGACGACCUAUCAUUGUAUCAACAACCCUCGCAUCGAGGACAAUCUCGCAAUCAUGCGAACCAAUACACUUAUCCACACCGAGGUCUGCGAGCUGCUCUAUGGGCACUACACCUUCGACUUCGAUACCCAUGUCGAAGCGGUCAUCCCCUUCUUGGCAGAUCUGACGCCAUACGCCCGGAGUUGUAUUAAGAGCAUCCGCAUUGUGAAGCGCGCGUUGCCGGAUGAGAAGGAGUUUGAUAGGUGUGAGUGGUCCAAUGCUAUGCGCUACCUCACCACGCGGGGCAACAAUAUCAAGCUACGGCGACUGCAGCUCGGCAUAGUCGCCGGGCGGCCGGGGUCAACAGGCUGGGACCGCAUCCCGAAGUACUCGGCCAAGGACUGUGCGCUGCUGGCUCAAGGGCACGGGAUGGAGUGGAUGCAAUAUUUACUCGAGAUCACCGAUCUUGAGUCGCUAGACGUGCGGGCCAUCGUACAAAAUUGCGCGUCAGCCUCGAGCAGUGCAACAAUGGCUCACUACGUACGGUUCUCUGCAAGUGUCGAGACAGGCUUCGCCGAAUUUUUGCGUUCGAGGCUGUUGGCCAAUCCAUCGGAGUCACUGGCGUGUCGGCUAUGAGUGGUUUGCUGUUUCAUUUGCGAUGACUGGUUCAUGAUCUGCAUGGUUGUUUGUGUUAUACUCCACUCUUCUCUCACAAUAAUCGGCGAUAUGCCUAUUUUUAAUAAAUCUCUCUAAACGUGUAUCUGACAUCCAUUGUGUCACAUAGUAUCUCUGGAUGAUGAACGCGG